UUUAAUUUGUGGUUAUGUUACAGGGAUUGAUUAGAGCUGUGGAGAUAGAGUUACCACAGAUUGAACAUAGGAUGUGUGUCAGACACAUAUAUGGGAAUUUGAAGGCAAAUCAUGGUAAAAAAUCACAGAUAAAGCCGUUUAUCUGGAAUCUAGCAUGGAGUUAUAAUGAGGCUGAAUAUAGAGAAAACCUAGAGAGAUUGAAGCAGUAUGAUAUGGGUGUUUAUGAGGAUGUGAUGAAGUCAAACCCAAUGAGAUGGUGUAGAGCUUUCUACAAAAUUGGCCACUAUGUUGAAGAUGUUGAGAACAACUCCACAGAAUCAUUUAACAACACGAUAGUCAAAGCAAGAGAGAAGCCACUGGUGCCUAUGUUAGAAAUGAUUGCUCGGCUUGCAAUGGUACGUAUUGCCAAAAGAAGUGUUAAAUCUCAUGAUCACAAGGGUUUAUGUACACCAUAUGUGGAAGAAUAUCUUGCAAAAGAGCUUGAAGAUGCUGCAGAAGUUAAGGUUCACCGAAGUACAAACAAGAUGUUUUUAGCUAUGUUGUAUGGUUGUUCUUACCGUGUGAGUUUGAAUCAGAGGACUUGUAGCUGUAGGAAAUGGGACAUCACAGGAAUCCCUUGUGUACAUGCAUAUGGUGUUAUCCUUAAGUUGAAACUUAAAGUUGAGGAUUAUGUCUGCCACUGGUUUCGUACAACUCAAUGGAAGAAGAACUAUACAGAGGGUCUUGUUCCAUUAAGAGGUGCAAGGUUUUGGCCUGUUGGAACAACUCCUCAAGUGCAUCCAGCUCCUGAGCCUCCACAGCCUGGCAGGAAAAAAAAAAGUAAGAAGGUGAAAAGAAAGAAAGGAAAAAAUGAGUCUCCUUUGAAGAAGCAACCAAAGCUUCUAAAACGAGUUAUGCAUUGUGGGGUAUGUGGUGAGGCUAAUCACAACUCUAGGUUUCAUAAGAAGAAGAAAGAGGUUCCUCAAGGUGAACCUUCUCAAGGAACUGUCACGCAGGAAAUGAGGUUGAACUGAGCUGGUAUAGAGCUUAGAAGAAGCUUUUGGUCUGUUUUUUUGUUAAAGCUUUUGGUCUGUUUUCUAGGAUUAAGAAGCUUGCCUCUAAUGUCUGUUUUUCAGGCUUUUAAACUAAAUGUGUCUUGGGUUUGUUUGGAGUCUAAUUUGUCUUUGUUUUUCAAGCUUCUUAAUUGUUGUCUUUGUUAUGAACUGGUCUGAGCCAAAUUAUGCAUAUUG